AUGGCGGCCAUGGUGGCGGCGGCGGCGGCGCUGCCGCUGCUAGCGGAUGGCGCGUACGUAGACUGCUACAACUACUGCUUCAACGACUGCAUCUCCAAGGACAAGUCCAUGAGAGACUACUGCAGCUACGCCUGCGACAAGACCUGCGCGCCCGACGGCGCGCUCUGGCGCCCCAUCGCCGGACUCCCCAUAAACAGCCAACUCGCCUGCGUCAGGGACUUCUGCCACCGUCGUCGUGAAGAUGGCAACGACAUGAAGGCCUGCUACGGGCAGUGCUACGACCGCUGCGAGACCAAGGCCGGGCUGCCGAGGCCUCUCCGCGCAGGCCGCGGCGCUGUCCGGCCGGCGGCGUUGCCGGACCACCCAUUCCACGAGAAGCAGGACAUGGUCCGGCCGGCGGCUUUGCCGGACCACCCAUUCCACAAGAAGCAGGACGCUGUCUGGCCGGCGUCGUUGCCUGACCAUCCAUUCCACAAGAGGCAGGACGCUGUUCUGCCCGCGGCGUUGCCCGAUCACCCAUUCCACAAGAAGCAGCAGGACGCUGUCUGGCCGGCGGCAUUGCCCGAUCACCCAUUCCACAAGAACCAGGACGCUGUUCGGCCGGCGGCGUUGCCGGACCACCCAUUCCACAAGAAGCAGGACGCUCUCUGGCCGGCGGCGUUGCCUGACCAUCCAUUCCACAAGAGGCAGGACGCUGUUCUGCCCGCGGCGUUGCCCGAUCACCCAUUCCACAAGAAGCAGCAGGACGCUGUCUGGCCGGCGGCAUUGCCCGAUCACCCAUUCCACAAGAAGCAGGACGCUGUUCGGCCGGCGGCGUUGCCGGACCACCCCUUCCACAAGAUGCACGAUGCGGUCAGGCCGUCAGGAGAGACGGAUCCAGGACACGUCAUCUCUCCGGCAUGGGGCCCCGUCCACCCCUAA